CCUGGGAGGAAAGACGGCGAGAAGACCCACCGAAGUCCGGCAAACAGCGGCGACAGAAUACCGCAGAAAAAUAAAGCUAAGCCGGUGUUUUAUGGGUGAAACCGCCCCGCUGAGCCGCGGAGUGAGUCAAUCUGCGUGGAUCUGAGGAUUUAAAGACAUGAAGUCGGUGCGCAGCUUUGUCAUUGUUAUUAGACAGUCCCCAGCUGUUGCACCCUGUCAGGCUUCCCACGUGUGAGUCGGCUCAUGUCAGUUGAUGUCAGCGAGCCUGGGAUUUUAAUCUCCUCCACGCACACAAACGCACACGCGCAGAGAUCAGGCCUCUGGUGACAGCUGCUCAAACCUGAAAAAUAUUAGUUUUCAAGCUAAAAGUCACACCUGUUACCACCAGGUUUACUUUUCCGGGGUUUAAUAUUUGCGGCGCAUUAGCGUGGGCUCGGUCUGCAUCACAGCAGCUCUUUAUUCUCGGGCCCACCGUCUUCUAGCCUCCACUCCACGGGGGAUUUAGUCUGUUUAAACUGGGCCUCAUAACAGAGUGCGGGAGCUCAUUUCCACACUUCACCGGCUUAUAUGCUACUCUAUAUCCUCAUUACUUAUUCAUGUAUGCACAGGAGGACACAAGAAGACAUCAGCUUUCCAUACUAAUGCAAACACCUGUUGCUCAAAGCGGCUGCACCUGUCUGUAACCUUCACACUCGCUGCUUUCUGGUGCAUGUCAGGAAUAUUUUAUCGUCAAGUAUAGAUCGCUGUUAGCUGUCAGUGCUCUUGGGUCGAACACAAAUGGCUUCAUUUUAGCUCUUCAUCACUAGCACGGGUUUGUUCGAAAAUGGAUCGUAACUUGCUCUAACUCAGGGCCCGUCACAGAUCAGGGGUGGCCUCUGGGUGGGGCAGGUUGGGGGGGGCAGACAAUCGCGGGCUUCAGCCAUGCUGGCUGGGGUGCAGCCGUGCUUCCAGCUGCUUCGGAUUGGGUCGUCGGCAGGCGAAUCCGAGCGGGACCUGUACACCUUCAGGCCGGCGCAGAACCACUCGGUUUUCCGCCUGGGUCGGGCGGCGGAGCUGUGCGACGUCACACUGGACUCGCCGUCGGUGUCCCGCAUCCACGCCGAGCUCGAAGCCGAGAGGGAGACGGGCGAAGGAGUCGAAGCUCAAGAGGAGGAAGGGUGGAGGGUCCACGUUAAGGACAGGAGCAGCCAUGUCAUUGUGGAAGAGAAUGAGGCGGGAACCUUCUCGUCCGACUUGCAGAACAGGAUUAGGACCAGCUUGGACCGCAAGGUGGCUGCCAACCUGGACCUUUCGAAGCUGUCCAUCAACAGAGCCACGGUCAUCCUCAACUCCAUCGGCAGCCUGAGCAAGAUGAAGGGCAGCGCCUGGACCUUCAAGAGGAGCCACAGCCAUGAGGGAACCGUGUCUGACCCCGGCACCUCGACCUCGCCUCCUCUUGCCGUGGGCUUUUCCUCCCUGCUCCCGCACUCCACUCCUCCGUCGUUCACCUCUGCAGCUUCGCUGCCUCAGACGAAGGCCCUCCCGCAGACCUCCAGGAGCAGGAGGAAGUCGGCUCACACGGUGCUGCUGGAGGACGACAGCUCAGACGAGCCCAGAAGUCGAGGAGUUUUGGCAGGAGUUGUGGAGGACGGACAGAGAGCGCGGGGGAAGAAGAGGCGGAGGCUCUACAAGUCUGAAUCUGAAGGUUUCAGCUCGCCGCCUCCUCCUCAGCUGCAACCCAAAACUCACAGCGACAUCCGCAGGCCGCUGGAGGCCAAGCCCUUCCCCGUCGGUAUCCGGACCAUCGGCAGCUUCCACGGAGCCAUGACAAACAGCAGACUCAACGAGCACCUCUUCCAGGCAUCCUUCACGAGCAAACAAGAGGCGGAGAAGGUGAACCGAGUCAAGACGGUGGUGCACGGAAACAUCGCGGCCUUCCGCCAGCAGAAGCCCGCCCAUUGCUCCCCGACCGCAGCGAGAGGGAGGCGGAGGGCCAACAGCUCCCCCGUAUUCUCCCCG